GACUGCCAUAGACACGGGGACCCUGACAACAGAACACCAGUCGCUGACCGACUUCUGUCGAGGAAGCACCCACCUGAGAGCAGGAGCUCAAUAAACAGAUCCUUCACUCCCACUGAGGGAAGUGUCAUGGAGGAGGAUGAAUCCUCCUCCGCCAAAGAAGCAGAGGCUUCUGGAGAGCAGCAGUGAGCCCAAACCAAUCAACACAGGCCCACCAAAGGGCGAUGUCGAGCCCAUGGAGGUGGACCUGCCUCCAGAGGAUGAACCCAUGGAGGUGGAUCCGUCUCCAUCAGGCCCAGGCAAGCACUAUAACAACAUGCUUGCCUGGAGACAUAGCUAUAUCCGUUGGCAGCGCAGCAGGGGCUCUCGAUUUCCAUCUUGGCGUUGAAGAGUCACCAUCCACCAGAGAGCCCCUGGGCAGCUGCUGCUCUCCAGAACCCCUUCUUCCCCAUCUGCAUCCUUCCCCAAGACCUCUUUGGCUUCAGAAAAUGAGAACGAGCCCAAAAGGAGCAGACACAGAUGCAGAAACAAAGGAAAAAAGCUGCUUACCUUUGGAAGGCCUCAGGGCAGGACUGGGAUUGGUGUCCUCUUUGCUUCUGCACCAAGACAAUGAAAAGAGUCCAGUGGACAGCCCUGAGCUCCCCACGGCCUCCAGGGACAAUGGGAGGAGUCCAGCGGACAGCCCUGACCUCCGUGCAGCCUCCAGGGGAGCCCUGAAGAAGAGGGCAGCACUGGGACUGAUGUCCUGUCAGCUGCUGUGCCGGGACAAUGGGAGGAGCCCAGCAGACGGCACCGAGCUCCUGCAGCCUCCAGGCAGCACCAGAGAAGGUCCAGAGGCAGCUUCCAUUGGAGAAGCAGAAGACUUUGGUUUGGACAGGAAGAAGGACUCGCGUUCAGCAUGA